GGACGCUCCCGUCAGCAGCUAACUGUUGAGGACCCUGAACUAGCAUGCCUGUGUGCCUGUGUGACAACAUUAGCUAACAGGCUAACCAACAGUUACAUCGGCUCAGACAGAAAACUACAGACAGGGAACUACAGACAGAAGUGUUAAAAUGUCAGAAGUCAAAGUGAAGAAGGAGAAAAACAUUUCGGACCCCGCAGAGAUAGAAAACAGGAUCAAAGAGCUGUGUCAGCAGUUUCCUCACGGCAUCACCGACCAGGUGAUCCAGAACGACAUGCCUCACCUGGAGCCGCAGCAGAGAGCCAUGGCCAUCAACAAGCUGCUGUCACUGGGCCUGCUGGACCUGCUGAGGAACAGCUCAGGACUGCUGUACAGGAUGAAGGACUCUCAGAGCGCCAGUAAGAUGAAAGGUUCAGACAACCAGGAGAAGCUGGUCUACCAAAUCAUCGAAGACGCAGGAAACAAAGGCAUCUGGAGCAGAGAUAUCCGUUUUAAGAGCAACCUUCCUCUGACGGAGAUCAACAAGAUCCUGAAGAACCUGGAGAGCAAGAAACUCAUCAAAGCCGUCAAAUCUGUCGCUGCGUCGAAGAAGAAGGUGUACAUGCUGUACAACCUGCAGCCGGACCGCUCGGUGACGGGCGGGGCCUGGUACAGCGACCAGGACUUUGAGUCUGAGUUUGUGGAGGUUCUCAACCAGCAGUGCUUCAAGUUCCUGCAGAGCAAGGCUGAAGCGGCGAGGGACAGUAAACAGAGUCCCAUGGUUCAGAGGAACAGCUCCUUCGCCACCUCACAUGAAGUCUGGAAGUACAUCUGCGAGCUGGGAAUCAGCAAGGUGGAUCUGUCCAUGGACGACAUCGAGACCAUCCUGAACACGCUGAUCUACGACGGGAAGGUGGAGAUGACCAUCAUCGCCGCUAAAGAGGGAACGGUGGGCAGCGUGGACGGACAGAUGAAGCUCUACCGCGGCGUGAACCCCGUCAUCCAGCCCACCGGCCUGGUGAAGACGCCCUGCGGAAUCUGCCCGGUGUUUGACGACUGUCACGAAGGAGGAGAAAUCUCUCCGUCAAACUGCAUCUACAUGAGCGAGUGGUUGGACUUCUGACGGCGGCUCGUCUCCGCUCUUUUCUCUGUGAUGAAAAGCUCUUUAUUUCCUCAGCGAUCUGUGAUCCAUGGCGUUUAUUUUGUAUUUAUGGCAAAGUUUAAUAAAAACCUGGAGAUGUGAA